AUGCCAAUAGAUGAUUACAAGUACUGCAGUGUAAUGAUUAAUAGAAAUAUUUUGAUUUCUGGAAAUCGAAAUAGAAAUCUUUGGUUAUACUCAAUUGAUAUUAACUCUUUCUCGAUAAUUCCUUGUGAGUUUCGUGAAGGAGCAAGAAAGAUCCUGAUAAAUGCAGGUAGACUUUAUUUGAUUGAAUGAAUCUUAGGAACUAUCUAUGAAAGCGAAAUUGGAAGUUACACGAAUUGGAGACUAACAAGAAAAGAAUCAACAAUAUAUAGCAAUGCUAAUCAAGUGUAUUGUUCAUAUAAUGAAGGAUAUGUAUACAUUGGAAUAUCUGAAUUUUCCUACUUCAAGUUUGAUUUGAAUGAAAAGAGAUUAAUUGCAUUAAAAAAGUAA